CUGGCACAGGGUGGAUUUGCAAUAGUGUUUCUGGUGAGGACUAACAACGGGAUGAAAUGCGCCCUGAAGCGGAUGUACGUCAACAACGAGUACGACUUGCAGGUCUGCAAAAGGGAGAUCCAGAUCAUGCGGGAUCUGUCUGGCCACAAGAACAUUGUGGGAUACAUUGAUUCCAGCAUAAACUCCGUAAGCAGCGGGGACGUGUGGGAAGUGCUCAUAUUGAUGGACUUCUGUCGAGGGGGUCAGGUGGUGAACCUCAUGAACCAGCGCCUGCAGACGGGCUUCACGGAGACCGAGGUCCUGCAGAUCUUCUGUGACACCUGCGAAGCCGUGGCCAGGUUGCACCAGUGUAAAACACCCAUCAUCCACAGGGAUUUGAAGGUUGAAAACAUCCUGCUGCACGACCGUGGCCACUAUGUCCUGUGUGACUUUGGAAGUGCUACUAACAAAUUCCAGAACCCUCAGACAGAAGGGGUGAAUGCAGUAGAGGAGGAGAUCAAAAAGUACACUACGUUAUCCUACAGAGCACCAGAAAUGGUCAACCUCUACAGUGGCAAACUUAUUACUACAAAAGCAGACAUAUGGGCCCUUGGCUGUUUGCUGUACAAGCUGUGUUACUUCACCUUGCCCUUUGGAGAGAGUCAGGUGGCAAUCUGUGAUGGCAACUUCACCAUUCCAGAUAAUUCCCGGCACUCGCAGGACAUGCACUGCCUCAUCCGGUAUAUGCUUGAGCCAGACCCUGAUAAGAGACCUGAUAUUUAUCAGGUCUCCUACUUUGCAUUCAAACUGGCAAAGAAGGAAUGCCCAGUCCAGAACGUCCAGAACUCUCCAAUCCCCGCUAAACUCCCAGACCCGGUUAAAGCAAGUGAAGCUGCUGCAAAGAAGAGUCAACCCAAGGCCAGGCUGACAGAUCCCAUCCCUACAACAGAAACUUCCAUAGCACCCCGCCAGAGACCUAAAGCAGGACAGACACAACCCAACCCUGGAAUUCUGCCCAUUCAGCCAGCCCUGACACCCAGGAAGAGACCCACGGUUCAAGCAGCCAUUCAGCCACAAGUUGCAGGCCCUGCUGCCCUGGGCAGUGGGCAGCCCUCGCUCCCUGCUAGUGUUCCCCAGCAGAAAGCAGCACCUCAGCAGGCUCCAGCACAGCCACAAGCCAAGCAGGCGCCGGCUCCGCAGCAAGCGCCGCAGGCACAGCCCCAGGUCCCCUCUACCCAGCCACAAGCCACACCUCAGCAUCAACAGCAGCUUUUCUUGAAGCAGCAGCUUCUGCAGCAGCAGCAGCAGCAGCAACAGCAGGCUGCCUAUUACCAGCAGCAGCAGAUGAUGCAGGCUCAGCAGUUCCCAGUGAUGCAGCAAGGAGCGCCAGCACAGCAGCAGCUCAUGCAGAACUACUACCAGCAGCAGCAGCAGCAGCAGCUGAUGGCCCAGCAGGCAGCAAUGCAGCAGAAGACAGCAGGAGCAGCAGGUCAGCAGAAGCAGCAAGCCCCAGCCCCGCCGCAGCCCCAGCCCCAGCAGAGUGCGGCCCAACCAGCGCAACCGCAGGAGCAAGUGAUGCAGGCACAAAUGAGGCCACAGCAAAAACCUCAGACGACGCCCCCUCCAGCAGUGCAGGGUCAGAAGCUGGGCUCUCUCACCCCUCCAUCCUCCCCCAAGACCCAGCGUGCAGGACACAGGAGGAUCCUGAGCGACGUGACCCACAGCGCGGUGUUCGGGGUUCCAGCCAGCAAGUCCACCCAGCUCCUGCAGGCAGCUGCUGCUGAGGCCAGUCUCAACAAGUCCAAAUCUGCUUCCACCACACCCUCGGGUUCCCCAAGGACCUCCCAGCAGAAUGUCUAUAACCCGCCCGAUGUCUCCACGUGGAAUCCAUUUGAUGAUGAUAACUUCUCCAAACUCACAGCUGAGGAGCUGCUGAACAAGGACUUUGCAAAGCUGGGUGAUGGGAAAGCUCCAGAAAAGAUGGGCAGUUCCACAGAGAACUUGAUUCCAGGUUUCCAGCCAGCUUCAUCUGCAGCCCAGCAGGAUGCAUUUGGUGGCUCUUCCUUCACUGCUGGAUCAGCUGAAAAAACGAAAGACAUUCUGAGUUUGGACACUACCCCUCCUCUUCUGACUGUGCCUGAUCCUUUCAUUCCUCUCCCAUUAUCCGACACACCAGAAAAACUGAUUGAGGGACUCAAAUCUCCUGAGACUGCGCUUCUGCUCCCUGAUAUCCUGCCUCUUGCUGACCCCUUCGGUAGCACCUCAGAUGCUGUGAAUGGAAAACCUGACGUAGCUGUUGAGAGUCUCAUACCGGGCCUCGAGGCGCCGCUGCCCCAGCGCCUCGUGUCACAGACUGAGUCGGUGGCCUCCAACAGAACAGACUCUCUAACUGGGGAGGACUCUCUGCUUGACUGUUCUCUGCUUUCUAACCCUGCUGCUGACCUCGUGGAUGAGUUUGCUCCUGUAGCUUUCGCAGCUCAACCUCACAAAGAAGAUACUAACCUGAUAUCAGGCUUUGAUGCUCCUGAGGGCUCUGAAAAAGUGACAGAAGAUGAGUUUGACCCAAUUCCAGUGUUGAUAUCCAAAAAUUCACAAGGUCUGCAGAGGGAUCCAGCCUUAUUCCCAGGUGUAGCUCUUGAACUCCAUAAAGGACCUUCUGGCAGUGAUGGACUUGCUUUGUACAAGGGUCAGUCUGAGAUGCGGGAGGUGAAGACACAGCACAACUCAGAGUCAGACUACUUGGCAAAAGAUGGUCCUUCAAGCAACAGCUCCUUCUACAGCAGUGAAGGAGAGGGGACAGACCACGAAGGAGACAUUCUGGAUUGCAGCGGGUCCAGGCCUUUGCUGAUGGAUUCGGAAGAGGAAGAGGAAACCUGCAAGUUGUGCACAGGGUUCCUGCAGUCUGUGCCCAGGGAAAGGCCUGAGGCCUCCAAAGAAGAUCCCCACUGCCAGUCUUCCCAGCCUAGAGCAGGGGAGUCGCUGUUCCCUGCCUUCCAGUCACACACGGGGGAGGUUUUUAACGAGCCAGAUGUCUUUGCCACGGCUCCUUUCCGAAGCAUGAGAAAAGUGCCUGAUGAGGUGGAUGUCUUUACCAAAGCUCCUUUUAUCUCCAAGGGCAACAUGGCUCUUAGGCAUCCAGAAGAAGCAGAUGUGUUUCUGAGAGCCCCUUUCACUAAGAAGAAAAGCAUGGAAGAGUUGACUUCCCAUAGUACAUCUAAAGAGUCAUUCACACCACCCAUCCUCCUGAGUCAGGGAGGCGAAGUCCAACACCGAGCCAACCCCGUGAUCCCAAGCCUGGACUCAGCAAUGUGUGGGUCCACAGCUGUGGCGAGAGCUCAGUAUCCCUCUGCUGGGUUUAAUCAGCCAGGAAAUCUUCAUCCCUCUUCCGUCAGAGCCACAGAGAGCCAGGAGCACAUCCCUGCUAAAGGCUGUGUGCCGCAGGAGCAGGGUGGCACUGCCAGUGAGAGGUUUUGAUCAACUUAAAAAAUGAAAAGCAGCUGUGUUUCAUAUCAAAUUCCCGCCCACCCCCCCCCCCCCACCCCCCCCCGCCACUACAGUCCAGAAGAUGGGCAGGGGCUCGACGUGAAGCCCAUAGCUGCUUACAAAGUGGUUUCUCAGACCAACAGACAGGCGAUAGCAGGAUCUGUCUCUGUUGUGCCUCUGUCUUCCAGGACUACAGAGCUGCCCGGCGGGGAUCCCUUUGCUUCAGCACCCUUCCCUUCCAAAGCAGGAAAGCAAAAGCCUUAA